AUGGCUCUUUGUUUGGCUAAUUCAUUAGUGUCUCGUCGUGGUUUUGUACCUUAUGAUCAAUUAGUUCGUUACAAAUGGUGGUUUCAGCAUGGAUACAUGUCAUCCACUGGACGUUGUUUUGACAUUGGGGCGGCCACUGCUCAGUCAUUGGAUGAAUUUAUUCAUCGCCAAAAAAGACUUGCCAAAAAAUAUGACAUUUCUCUUAAAAAUAUAGAUUAUAUUUCAGACCCUAAUCUUCUUGGACAAUUUCAAGUUUAUUGCAGUACAUCUGGUGUCGCUGGUAAUGGAGCUCUCAUGAGGCUUGCGCCUGUACCACUUUUUUUCUAUAAACAUCCAAAAGAAGCUAUAGAAUUCUCUGGUUACAGUGGACAGAUUACACAUGGUGAUAUAAAAGCUUACGAUGCAUGCCGAUACUAUGGAGCUCUGAUCUGCGCCACACUUAAUGGCUAUACGAAAGACAAAUUGCUUGAUAAAGAUUUUUACAAAGAACACAAAGAAUGGUUCGGUGACAAGCAACUUUGUGAAGAAAUUAAAAAAAUUGCCGAAGGAUCUUAUAAGAAAAAUGGUGGAUAUCAAGAUGGCAUUCGUGGCAAGGGUUAUAUAGUCAAUGCUCUUGAAGCUGCGCUGUGGGCAUUUUGGUCUGAUAAGGACUCUUUUGAGAAUGGUGUACUUGCUGCUGUCAAUCUCGGUGAUGAUACUGAUACAACAGCUGCCAUUUAUGGUCAAUUAGCUGGUGCAUACUAUGGAUACAGAAAACUUCCAAAAAAAUGGGUAGAACAUGUGUAUGCUAAGAAAUUCAUAUUAAACUUGAGUAAAUGGAUAGCAUACGAAGGAAAAAACUGGAAACAAACGGACGUAAUUCUUCCAUCUCAUUCACCUUCACUUGAUAAACCUGUCUCGAACGAUAGUGAAACACUAUACGCUCAACCUGACCCUGAAUUGGACUCAAUGUUGUUAUCCCAACAAAGUAGAAAAUGUCGGAAUGGUUCGCAUGGUAAUCAAAACUUGCCUGAUCCCGGAAACGUCACUACAUCGGAAACAUUUAACCAAGCGUCAAAGCCGAACAGUGAUGCAAGUUAA